AUGAUGACGUGGAAAUCAAUUUUCGUGCUCGUUGCGAGUAUUUCGCUGGCGAUGUGCCAACUCAAAGAGGAUCGAAGCUUGCGCGAAGCGUGCACGCACAUGGAGGGCGUGUUCACUCAGCGAGCGGAUGGCGAGAAGGUCGGUUGCGAAACGGAGUCCGAUCACAUCACGCUUCGUUUUCAGUCGACGACCGGCGACACGUGCGAGAUGAAGUUUCAAGUGGCCACACACGACGAGCUGGACGCCAAUGAGUUUUGCAAGAUUUAUGCUCCGUGGAGGCUUCUGAAGGCCACGCACGGCAAGGAAACGGUGUGCUUUGUCGGUUAGUGUCGGCGAAAAAUGUGCCCGAUUCGACGACACUUUUGCAGAAGCGACGAUGAUGUGCAAGCCGGGAUGGGUUCAAAUGUUCGGCUAUUGCUACUGGAUGCCGAGAAAGUCGGAGCGAUUCACCCUAGCCGAGGCGCAAAAGAAAUGCAACUCGGAAAACGCGCAUACCGCUCGAAUGACUCGUCGGUACAUUGUCGGCGUGUGGAGACGUAAGGCGAUUGUAGAAGAGUGUGUGGCUGGACAACGAGAAAACUUAUUCUUCAGGAUACUUUAAAGGAAUCAGUCAGAUUUGGGUGCGUGCUACGGCAGCGUGGGAUCAGUACGUUCAGCUCGAGGCGGGCGACGCGCUGGCGCUGGCCUUCACCGGCAAACACUAUAAUUUCUCGGUCGCCGCCAAUUCGCUCAUCAGAAUCGAUCCGAGCAUCAAGCUGCAGGUGCUGUGCGAGUACAGACCGCGGCCGACAGCAGCGGAAAUCACCUAUCUCGCUCGUCGCUACGCGGAGAUCUACCAUCCGGGCGCGCCGCUCGACAACGGCGUCCUGAUCCGAACGGCGUCGCACUAUGCACGUGGCACUUCGUAUGAGAACGUGUGCAGAAGGGUUUUGGUGCCGUUCACACGCAGUCAGAAGACUAGGCAGAAGCGAUCCCUGACGAAUCAUGCAAAAUUGAGUCCGUUUGCCGGCGACAAUAUUCCACAUGUACAUGAAUCGCAAUUGCUUUCCGACAACCGCCUCAAUCAAUCUUUUUCAGGACCUGACGUUCAGUCGCGCCAUCGCAGAAGUCCUGCUGGAUGCGAAGCAAAUGAGGGAUCCAAAGUGCUCGGAAUUGCUGCCGACACAAUUCCGAUUGAACAUCUCAAACGCCAGAGUGCCUGUCAAAUUCCAGAAGCCCGAACCGAGAGCGUCUUGCGACAACGUGCGUAGCACGGCCAUCACGCACUUUCCGGACACUCACCCGAGCCUUCGAGCCAUGUCGGACAGUCGGGCGGCUCCGAUUUGGUGCCAGUUGAACAUUGAGAGAAACUACACGAACACUAUCCCGAAAGGCUAUUAUCCGUUCAAACGAGGCAACGGACUGACGGUCAUCCACCGAAUUGUGCGCGAGGAGAAGACGUGGGAGGAGGCGCAGAAGACGUGCAUGGAGAGCGGAGACCGCAUCAGCGGCUUUGACAGUAUCGAGGAGUUGGAGCACUUGAAGGGUGCGUCGUUUCGACUCUUUCGUUUCGACGCGUCCCCGUCCUCAAUUGUUUUUUGCAGAAAUGUGCAAAAAGGCCGGUUUGCCCGAGAACACGGCUCUCUGGCUGGGAAGCCAGCGAAAACAGGCGUGCAAACACAUGAUCGGCUUCUCGAACGACCUGAAAAGUCCGUGCGCACGUGGCGUCGUGAUGGAGUGGCUGGAGAAUGUGGCGCGCAAUCCGAUCCGCGACGACAUGUGGAUGAACGGAAGGUUUGUGAAUCCGGACUACUCGGAGAAGGGCCAGGACUGCAUGACGUUCAAUCACGGAAAGAUGGAGUGGAGCGGAACGGACGUCGGCUACCUCGACGACAUUUCGUUAGUUUGAAGAAGAUGGAGACGUCUUCUCACAACGUUUCGUUUUGCAGGUGCUCGUCCAAAAUCAUUUUCUUCUGCGGCAGAUAUGUUGAGCAAAAGGAUAAGAAUGAUUUGUAA